AUGUCCGCCACUGCGACCGUCGUCACGCCUCCGGGCGGCUCUGCAUCUGCUCCCAUCCUGCUUCAAUUCUACUACCAAACAGGAUGGAAUCCUGCGGUGCUGCAUUUCCAGCAGCACUUGGAGAACGGCCAGCACCUCGACUGGCAGGACCAGACCAUGGAGAGUUGCGCAGAGCAAGGUCGCGACGGCUGGCAAGCAUGCGAAGUUCUGCUUGACUCGCGCACAACAAGUUUCGAGUUCGUCUGCUGCAAUAGUGAACGCUCACAGUGGGACAACCCCGCUCCCCGCGCUGACGACUCCAACUCCCGGAACUACCUCCUUCGUUUCUCUGCCGCCUCGGGCUCCGAGGCGACUGGAGCCUCUUGUCUGCCGGACCUCAUGCCUCCCCGCGCGCGGGUCUGCUCGCCGCGGACUUUUCUGAACAGUGCCUCCUGUGAAACGGCGGAGAACCACAGCGCGCCUCGCUCGUCUUUUGCCGCAGCACCGUCUCCUCUCAUGCGUCGCGUCGUGGCUGUGCUGUCCUGUGGCGAACUCGCCGCCCUCGACAGACGCCCGUGUCUCCUCGUUACAGACCUGGACGGGACUCUGCUGGGCCACGAACAUUACCUUUACCUGCUCAAAAAGCACUGGAACCUGCGCCAUCUGUGGAGGGGCUCCCAGCUGGUCUACAACACCGGGCGAAACUUGAAGGACUUCCUCAACGCCGCAGGCGACCACCAGCUGCCUCGUCCCGCCUAUGCGAUCCUUGGAGUGGGAACGGAGGUGUAUUCCUUUCCUGGGGUGGCGUCUCCUUCGAACCCCGCCGACACCCACAUCCUCACUGCCGCAGAGAGGGAGGAAUUUAAAGAGGCCGCGGAGUACGUGGGGGACAACUGGCCGGCGUGGUGCCGCACGCGAGCGCAUGCGCAGUUUGACUCGACGUGGAUGAGUCAAAUCAAAGGCCAGUUUGACCGGCACGCGGUCGCCAGAGAAGUCCAGGACAGUAUGAAGGGCUGCUACGUGAACGGCAAUGCUUUCUACGACCCCUUUCGACUUAGCGUCUCCGUGCCGACAGCGCUCGUUGAAGCAGCUCUGCAUGCAGCUUCACCGCUGGCCAAUGCGCACCCCGCUGGCAACGCGGCAGGCCCGCAGAACGGCGAGAGCGAAGUUUUGACAGAGGAAACGACCGCCAACUACCUGCGCUCCCUCAUUGACUCGCCCGACAAGAAAAUCUGCGUGAGCGGAGGCGGCGAGUGGAAAUACCUUGACAUUCUCCCCAAGGCAGGGGGGAAGCUGAACGCCUCUCUCUUCGUGAUGAACCAGCUUGGAUUUAAGAAAUAUGACACGAUCGUCGCGGGAGACAGCGGGAACGACGUCGACAUGUUUUGCGACCCCGAUAUUCUGGGCAUCUGUGUGCACAACGCCCAGCCGGAUCUACGGAACUUUCUUCAGAGAUUCCACGAGCGUCGCGGAUCGAUGGAAGACGAAGCCAAAGCCGCUGGAGAGACGCUCUUGGAGGAACUCCGCGACCCGAGUGUCCAACACGGGCGCAUCACAGUCGACGCCAACGAGCGAAAGUUUCUGCAGCCCGCCCACCUGAAGACUCUCCAACCAACGAUGCACGUGUGUUUCGCGGACCAUGACUGCGCAGGGGGCAUCUUGGACGGCCUGCUUUUCUUCCAGUUUGACGCGACCAUUCCUGUGCUCUAG